UGAUGUUGUAACUGAGAGUCUCCUCUCAGAUUUCCAGGAUCCAGGGAUCCUCUCUGGAUCAGCAGCAGAGAAAAAACAACAGCAGCAACAACAACAACAGAGAGGCAUCCAAAAAGAAAAGCCGGAGGGAAAUCUGCUUUGUGACGGCCUCGCGAUACCGCCAUGCUCUCUGUCGCCCAUAUAUAUCUGGGUGUCCAAAAUUUUUCCACUCUUAUACUGUGUGACUAGUUUGGAACAGCUAACAGUGGAAAAAUGUCUCAGUACUCAGGAAAGAUCGUGUUCUAUGAGGGAAAAUGUUUCACUGGGAGGAAGCUGGAGAUCUGCAGCGACUGCGACAACUUUCAGGACCGAGGCUUCAUGAACAGGGUCAACUCUGUCCGUGUGGAGAGCGGGGCCUUCAUCUGCUUUGACCACCCAGACUUCAAGGGCCAACAGUACAUUCUGGAGCAUGGAGAGUACCCUGAAUUCCAGCGCUGGAAUGCCCAUAAUGAUCACAUGGGCUCCUGCAAGCCAAUCAGGAUGCAUGGAGAGCACUACAGGAUGGAGCUGUUCGAGGGAGACAACUUCGCUGGCCAGUGUGUGGAGCUGUGCGAUGACUGUCCAUUCCUGCAAGCCCGAGGCCUGACAAAGAACUGUAUCAACUCCAUCAAGGUCUACGGAGACGGAGCCUGGGUGCUGUAUGAGGAGCCUAACUACCGUGGCCGCAUGUACAUUGUGGAGAGAGGAAACUACACCACCCACAUCGAGUGGCAGGCAGAGAACCCCAACAUCCAGUCUGUUCGCAGGGUGGCAAACUACUUUUAAAAACCAGCUCACUGUCACACCAACA